AUGACCAAUUCAAAGUGCAAGUCCGCUAAAGCGGUUCAACCGCCUUCGACACCCCCAUUACAAUCGUCAUCAACCACCGCUUCACCUCUCCUUUCACCCACAUCAUCCCUUCCAGGUCCAUCAGAAGAAGAUUUUCUCUCUGACCUGUCCGAGUCCUGGUUAGAUGUCGGAAGCCAUUCAUCAGUGGAUGGACGCUCGUCAGUUGGUCCUUCAGUCCUCGGUGAUGUCUUCAGUGAUACGAGCAGCGAUUCACAUGAUCACGAUCCUGAUCAUGAAACUCAAUCACAUUGGUCCGCUUCAUCCGACGGAGGAAGAGAUGGAGAUGUUGAAGAUUCCGGUGCUGUCAUUCUGGAACCCACUCCUGAAGAAUCAGUUUCUCCCUCUCUUACUGGAUAUACCGAUGCCGAAGCUUCCACUAAACUUGGUUCUUCCAUCGAUACGAUCCACACUUCUUCCGAUCAGAUCCGACUUAUCUUCCCAGAUGGAGCCUCUUUCACGUCUUCUUCUGGAUUACUCAGCGGUGGAUUCACGCCAAGUGCUUCGAUCAGCCUUUCUACGCCUAUGCCUCAACCUGAUCAGGCUCCUAGACCUAGAGCGGGAACAACUAUUGAACCAACUCUUUCUCCUAUCACUGCGGUAGGAAGGAGUUCGUCUAGGAGAAGCUCAAGCCCUGUCCACACGCCUAAAAAGACAACCCGAAAGGUCGAGGAUUCUUGGCUGAGAUCAAGUAGACUUUGGGCACCUCCUAAAGAGGUUGAAAAGGACAGAAUAGCAGAAAGUUACGAUUAUCACUUACUGCAGAGUACGGAUGACAUCCAACAAAUCGAAGCGGUUUUAUCUGAACAUCGAAAUACGCAAGACUUGCGAAUGCCAACAGUCGAAGCUAGCACCGACCAAACCAAGGAAGACGUCAAUUCAUCGAAAUCAAAUCUGAAUAUCGAGCAACUCGAGGAUCAGAUAUUUCCGCUAAAGAGCGAGGUCUCUGUUGAUCUCAAAGAAAACAGCAUCGAGCAGGUGGAAGCGAGAAAUAGCAUCGCAACAGACAAUGUCGAGGCCCUCAAGACGAUUGCGAAAGCAUGGUCUACCAAGAUAUCCUAUAUUGCUCUUGCAUCGUUGUUCUCUAUCGCUCUUCUCCGGUCAUUUGGCUCAACCUUUUGUAUUCCUUUUGUCCCGGAUUCAAAAGAUAUCUCUGAACCCAAAGUCGUGCCGACCACCAUUUCGGAAUCACUACCAAGAUCAGCCUCUUUCUGGGAUCAUUUGCCCUUCGCCUCUCCAGCCACAACGGCUUCGGUAGCUAUAGAUCCCUCUACCUCCGCAAGUGUCGUCCAGUCUGAUACUCGUCUCAUCCAGCAAGCUUUAUCCACAUUGGCAUCUAUACAUGAUAAGCUAUCCUCUGCCGCCGUUAAGAUACCCGCUACAGAACAGUCCGCGAUUCAUAGCCAACCGACCUCCAAGAUUGAACCAAGCGGCUCGAGAUCAUCUACGUCGUGCUGUUCUCUAUCGGUCAGAAACACCAAUGUAGCCCUUACUAUUCCUCCUGCAGUCCACCCUCCAGAUAGUCGAGUCUCUAUGGCUAGAAAAUUCACACAGAAGCUGCUUGGUAUCAACAAGACAGAGGGUGUCGAGAAACCAAAUGCCACGGAGAUUCAAGCAUCCACACCCAACUGCACUUGUAGUCUGUCUACUGUAGUGCAGACUGAGAUACUCGAACGAUUAACAAGAAUUUCUCGUCCUGCUUUGGCAUAUGCAGCCACGACAUCCAGGUGCCUUAGCAACGUUCUCGGACUUCUGAUUAACGCAUUAGAGAAGGAUAUGAACGAAAUAUACCAUUUGUCUGGUAACAUCGUUAAGACCACCAUUGCUACGUCCGAAACUGCUAUUCAUCGGGCCGCAAAAGGAGCCGCUGUCUCAAGGGAGAUAGUAGCAACUGCUCUUCGAAAAGUUCAAACCCAGAUCUAUAGCUUCUUCACCUCUCAUUCGCCUGGCUCGAAAGACGAAUCUCUCGCUCGAGCUUCAGCUAUGCUGGACUCUUUAUCUGAAUACGUCGAAGAUCGGCUUGACGUGCUGUCAGAUACCUUGGAAGAGCAAGCCAAUAAUAUGCAAGAGAAGAGUAUGGAUUCAAUAUACAAAGCCAAGAAGGGACUAGACCGACUCAUACAGGAAGCGAAGAAAAUGCGAGGCGUAGAGGAAGAGAAAGUCCGAUCCACUGAUGCGGAGAAAGAUGGACCAUUACCUUUUACUCAUAUGAGCAGUAGACCUUUUAUGGGUCGUAAAGAGCGGGCUAGGUAUCACAGACCACGUAGAGGUGAUAAGCGAAAAGAAAAGCGGGAAGAGAGGGAAGGGGUAGAUCAGGAGUUGAGAGGAAAGAAGGUGAAUAUCAUAACUCAUCCUAUGCCACCGAUGGAGAAACCUUCGAAGGGCAAACGGCUGCUGGAUAUGGUGCAUCAUGGCGCAAUGGCCUUUGUGUUGUGA